UUGAAGAUCGUUCAAGUGCAACAAAGUCCUUGUGGUGCGGAUCAGUUUAGUAAAGUUGUAGUGAACGAAUUUGAUAUUUUAAGAAAAAAUAAAACAAUUAGUGAUUUCACAAUGAAGAUCCUCAUGAUUCUUGGUGCCAUUGUGGCUGUUGCUGUGGCAGCUCCCAGUGUUGUGGAUAAUCAGUUUGAGGAGAGCAACACCCUGAGCCAGGGAGCGCGAAUUGUGGCCAAUUGUGCAGACAGCGGGGAUGUAACGACAUGCCUAUCCGUGAAAGGGAUAAUGGCACUUAAUCGUGCUGCACGUGCUCAGAAGAUUGAACUCCUGCCGGGAGUCACUUUCAAUCGAAAUCCCUCAGCAAUGUUUCGCAGUGCUAAAUCACUGUCGGAAAAUGAAAUCACUGCCAAUUUGCCGAGUGGUGUGCAGGAAAAAACUGGGCGACUAUUUGAUCUCACUCUUGAGGCAGCUUCAAACUUCCUCACGAGUCACGAUCUCGAAAUCAAAUUGCCAGCAGAGACCACGAAGAACUUGGCACGCUCCAUUGAGGAAGGUCGAGGUAAGCUGAAGAAACUCGCUGGACCUCUGGUUUUAGCUCUUGGAGCUAAAGUUGUAGCCCUGCUUCCGCUCUUCCUGGGUGGUCUUGUCCUUUUGGCAACGAAAGCUCUCGUCGUAGCUAAGGUUGCCUUCGUCCUGGCCGCUGUCCUCGCUGUUCAGAAAUUACUCGGAAGCAGUGGUGGCUUUAGCGGAAGUGGAUUCAAUCUCCUUGGAAAGCAAUCAGCUGGUGGAAAUACCCAACCAAGCUGGUCUGCAAACUCGAACAACGCGGGAUGGACGUCUGGAGCAUCUCAGGGUUGGUCUUCAGGAGCCUCUGGCAAUUCUUAUCCCUAUGCCAGGAGCUACGAUGCUCAGGAUCUAGCCUACCAUGGCCAAAUACCUGAACACAUCCAGUAAAUCAUCCAUCCAUGAAGCAGCAAUAGAAAUGAAUCUCAGGACAAUGCCAUUUCAUUGUGUCAUCGCACUUGAAGAGAAUGAUUCUCCCUCACAAGACUUCGUACAUACCCAAAUAAUUUAUUUUUGUAGGAAAGAUAAAAGAGAUAGAGAAAUGAUUUAAGGUAAAUUAUAUAAGAAGAUUGUGUGUAAAAGACUUACGAGAUGGAAAAAGUAACAAUAAAAGAUUCCAUUGAGA